AUGGUACCACUCGACACAAGUUCCGACAUCACAGAGCGCAGGAAAAUCCGGGCAGCGCUCCGUGAACUCCGGACCAACAAUAACAACUCAGUGGUCAAUCCCCACAUCCGUACACCCAUCUCCCCGGCAAAGCUCUCCCACCACCAAUCCUUCCGAGCCGAACGUAGGCGACGCCCGGAGAUAGACGUCGCGACGAAGAAGCAGAGUCAGGAUGAUGACAUCUUAUACCGGCCUCGAAGGAGGAGGGAGAUGGAUGCUUGUAGAGGAGGAGGAGGAGGAGGAGGAGGGGGAGGAGGAGGAGAGGAGGGGGAUGAUGAAAAUGAAGCAUUGGUGGACAUCGAGAUGAAGAUAAAGGCAACUGGGAAUGAUGAACAGAAGUUAACUAAACUGCUCUCUGAGACGAGGGACUUCAAUGAUCGUAGGAAAGUGAGGUCAGCAAUCAGGGAGGUCAAGAGGAAUACCAGACAGCAAGAUGAUUCUGACACGGCCACCAAACCGACCAAUCAGAGCGAGGCACAACCCCCAGCACAACCCCCAGCAGAGCCAGCUGUCAGUGUCCUACAGGAGAACCAAACUAACCUGGCCUUAUCAAGGUCAGCUGAAGGUCAAAGGUCAAGUUCAGAAGGUCAGGAGGUCUCCCAGGAGAAUCAGACCACCAGUAGGAGAGAUAUAGAGCAGGAGAUCGAGGCCUUACAGAAGCAGCUGGAGAGUACGGAGACGCACGAAGAGAGACGAAAGCUGAGGGGAGAGAUCAGGGAGCUUCGGCAAAUGAAAACAGGUAUCGGUAGAGAUGUAACCCCACCCCACCUGCCACUGGAGCAGCUACCUCCAAACCUGGAAAAUGGAAUGGGACACCAGGUUAGGUCAAAGGUCAAUGGGGUAUAUGAUCAGGAAGAGAGCAAACUGAAUGGGGGUGAUGGCUUAGAUCAAGUGCCACCUUCCCCAGUGGAGGAAGUUGAAGCAGAUAAACAUGAGGAAAGCUAUUAUGCAAUUGUGAACAGAAGUUCUGAUGAUGAGGGUAAUGAUGUAAAGACCGAUGCACUGCAGGAUCCGGAAUAUGCUGAGCCAACUUUUCCACAGGACCCUGAUCAUGGGUAUGCGGAACCACAAACACAUAGUCCCGUUGUCAAGGAAGAAACAUUAUAUAGCUCAGUAACGGAUACUGCAGUGGAGUCACAUGGUGUGAUAGAUAAUGGGGAAGAGACAAAUCCUAGUAUCAAUGUUGACACAAUGGCCAAUAAAAAUGAAGUGCUAAAUAGACCCGGUUAUGAGGAUACAAGCAGAAGUUCAGCACAGAAAAACAGAGAUAAUGACUAUGAGAUAAUUACACCUAUGCAGAUUAAACCUCAGUGCGCUCAGAUUAAGAAGGAAGUACCUGUAGAUGUGUGUGAGAAAGAUGCCUAUAUAUCUAAAUCUGCUAGCAGAGAAGAUAUACGGUGGGACUCUCCAGACUUGAUCAAAACUCUACCAGAUGUGCCUUUGAAAGCAAAACCCGGUGUGUUUCAGAAGAAGGAAGAAAAGAUGGAGCAAGAGAAGGAUGUGGUAGAGAAGAAGGAUGAGGUGCAAGUUGUUCGUAACCUGUUACCUAGUGAGAUCAAGAAGCAGCAGGCCGGAUCAACAGGCAUGAAGGUUAAAAGAUCCAAUGUGAACAAGCUCAACACUCAAACACCUCCUAAACCUAAACCUGACCCAAAUCCCCCUCAGAGUUCUGUGGAUUCCUCAAAAAUUGAAGUUGUGCACCGUCCACCCGGAUCCCGUCGCGCCAGAAUCAUCCGCAGCUAUCUAGAACUGGAGAGGAUUAAGAGAGAAGGUGUUAACCGAGCGGAUGGAAAGCCAAUCCAGAUCACCGCUCCUAGCAUGUCCAUGAUGGGAUCAGGGAUGAAGGGUGUGAAUGGGGCUGGUGGGGGUGUGAGAGGGUCAGAUGCUAUGCUAGAAGAUAUGAUCAACCUUCAGCUCAUGCAGGCCAUGGGUGUCAACCCUCACACCAUCGCCAUACCUGCUGUGGAUACCACCUCUAAAUCCACGCCCCCAUCGCGCCCCUCCCAUCUCCCAGUCCCAACCCCCAUUAAGACAACCAAACCUGUCCCCAAGCAACCCCCCUCCAGAUUACAAACCUCAGGACCAUCUCAUGGUAUCGCUAAGAUGCUCAACCGCUUUGGGGAGAGCUCUGCAUCUGCUCCCAAACCAGCUUUUCAGGGUUUCCAUAGCAACGGGAAGACAAGUACCGCUCCGGCUUCCAAGGGACUGAGGAAGACUCCAGUUAGGAAUGCUUUCAAUAUUGAGAUGAAAGAUGGAGAAGUGGAAGUGAAUUUAAAGGAUGAUAACAGACAGCUCUUGAUGAAUAAGUUGGCAUCCCAUUCUAGAGGGAAAGGUACAUCACUUCCAAGGACCAGCAACAACUCUCCCAGCUACAACAACAAUAGCAGCAACACCAACAGCAACAACAGCAGAGGACUAGCAACAACUCAAGGGUUUGAAUCAAGUAUUAAACCAGAUGGGGCCAUCGUUCUCAAGAACCAUGGGGUCAGAGAGGAAGAGGAGAAGAGCUCAGGAAGGACAGCUGAGGUUCGGAGAGCAGACCCAGAGACGAAAGAAACUCCAUCUGUGCCUGUGGUGGAUGACAGUAGGAGAGAGAAAGAAGAAGAUAAAGAGAAACUUGUGAGAGGAGAGAUUAGUGAUGGGGGUCAGAAGACACCAUCCUCCUCCUCAUCAGCAUCAUCAGCAUCAUCAGCAUCAUCUUCGUCACCACAAACAUCACUAGCUUUAUCCAGAGAACCUACAAAGAAGGAUGAGGAGAGGAUAGCAUCAUCAUUGGAGGAGAGUGUCUGUGUAUCCAAUGGCAACCAGGAUGUCGAAGAUGUAAGUGAACAGAGUGAGAUUUUACAAGAAGUAGAAGCAUCAGUGGUGCCUGUUUCUCCAUCCAUUUCAUCAUCACCAUCAUCAUCAUCAUCAACAUCUUUAUCCCCAUCUUUAUCACCACCACCACCACCACAACCAUCUUCCAUAUCUGCAUCAUCGUUAGAAUCUAAGUCAUCCAAUCUUCCAGAGCCUGAGGAUGAUAGAGACUCUCUAGAGAAAGACUCUGUCGUAUCGCAGGAAAGUAGUUCCCAUACCGAUACAGAGAGUGACACUGAUAGAGAGACGGUAGAGACUCCAAAGCAAGAAAAGCAAGAGGAAUCUGGUUCUGAAUCAAUUUCGGAACCGGUCCUAGAGACCAAAGAGGAUGUUGAGAUGGAUGCAGAUGACGAAGCAUCUAAAUGUGACAGUAUCCAGAUCACUAAACAGACAAAACCAAUCCCAGUUGUGAGGAAAGUCAAACCUGAAGCGGAGGCAUCCUCGUCUUCAUCAUCUCCAUCAUCAUCAUCAGGCACAGGGUCGUCAUCGGGGUCAUCUUCAGAGCUGGAUGAGGUCACAGGUCAACCAAAGGGAAAGAAAAGAGGUAAAGGGCUCAAAGAAGCGAUGAGGAGAAGAGCACAACUUAAGGCCAUUGAACUUGCCAAGGAGUCUGCCAAAGAAGUGAAGGAAGAAAAGAAAGAAGAGCCACAGGAAACCUUAAGCCAAGAGGAAUCAUCUCCUGUGAGCGAGGCUGUCAAGGUUGAACCCGUCAAGGAUGAGGCAGAGUUGGAGAAGGUAGAGAGAGUGCUUGAGGAAGACAACAAGAAUAAAAACAAUGCCAACUUGACGUCAAGGACUGUUGAAAACCUGGCAGUACAAUCCAAGUUGGAAGUGAAGGAUGUAGAAGAUGUGAAGGUUUCAAGGAAGAAGGAUGAGGACAGUGGUACCAAGGAGGAUGAGGAUGCAACAGAACCAUCCUCAUCUCAAAGUCAGUCAUCAUCUUCUUCAUCAUCAUCAUCUGAUGAGAGUGCAAGUGUGAAGACCCCAAGUGAGGACAAGACUGCAUCAAGUUCACAACAUGUAGACAGUAUCAGCAAGGGCAAAGACACUCUAGGAACAGUAUCUUCCAAGAUCAACAUGACUUUACAUUCCCCUGUAACAUCCACCACCACAUUCCCUAUCUCCAAUUCCACAUCACCAUCAACAUCAACCUCAGAGAAUAUAUCUUCUGUCAUCGAGGUCACUCCCAGGAUGAGCGCGAGGGUCCAGCCAACAAGUCCAAGCUUGAGCAAUUCCUCAGACGGUCUGUCGCAAAAGGCCAGUAGUCCUGCUGGUGAUGAAACACAUGAUGGUGCAGUACUCUCUGUAAAUAAAACAGACUCUAGUGAACAUUCAGUUGAUAAGCCUAUUAAAAGUGUAAGUUCACCAGGUACUUCCACCACUCCUAGCAUUCCAAGAAACUUUGGCCAUCCCUUCAGGUUUACCAAGGCCCGCGAUGACAACGCCAUCCCGACACCAAAGAAGACCACCACAUCCGUCAGGAGAAGUGAGAGUGCAGUAUCUUCCUUGCAGUCAAAGAGGAAUAAGUUCCUGAACAACAGACCAAGGCCUGACGAUGAUACAAGCCCUACCAGCUCAGCACCAGCUAGAUCAUUCAAGAACGUUGUCUCAGGAAGCAAGUUUGCUGCCCUCAGGGAUAAGUUCGGUGCGUCAAAUGACAACAGCAACAACAAUGCAGGCCAGGGCAAACAUUCACCCUCCUCAUCAACUCCCAAAUCACUAUGGCAACAGAAAUCUCCCUCUUCAUCUUCUCGCUAUGGCGGCAGCAUCUCUGAAGAAUCCUCUCUCAAUUCCUCCCCCAGACAAAAUAAAUCAAUAUACGGGACCCCGCCCUCAUCUCCCCUAACCCCCCUGCCUUACAUGACCCCUCCUGAAAGCCCUUCGGAUCUCAGAAGCAAGACAGCCAGUCCCUCCACUCCUCUGGCUGCCAGCACCCCUACUGGCACAGCAGAGUUGAAGAGUCCGACUGCAGCUGAGCUUAAGAGACAGUUCUUGUUUGGGGCAGACGAUUCUCAACAAGGGGAUGUCUUUGCUGAUGAGAAUUCAAAUUUGAAAGACGUCAGCAUGGCGCCCAUUGAACAGAUAGAAGAUGAAGCCGCCCUCGAAAAAAUGUUGGAGGAGGCUACGGAGUUUGACGAGAGGAAGAAGAUCAGAUCCAGGCUAAGGGAAGUUAGAAAAAAGAAGAGAGACGACAGAGAGCAAAAGGCACAAGCACAGGAGCGGGCUUUUGAAGAGAAGAUGCACAAAUUAGAGGUGGAGUCUGCACAGCAGAGAAUGAGGGCUGUGGGACUAACCGUCCAAACACCAGGCGAUCGCAGCAAGACGGUGACGGAAACAAAAGAUGACGGUAAGACAAAAACGAGGGUAGAGACGACCAUGACAGAUUCGGGCAACUCCAAGAGCGUACAGAUGACCAUUAUGAGCAAAACCGAAGAUGAAGGAUUUAAGGCACAGAGUAUCCAACAGGAGUCCAAGUCCAUUUCAGUUGGACCUGGUGGUAGCAGCUCAGUCACAAUGUCGAAAUCAGUGUCGAGUUCGUCGUCUUCGACGACAUCGACAGAAAAACCAAAAGGAAGACUAUCUUUCAGCGCAGAAUCAGCUAAAACCAAAUUUGAGGAGGAUAUGGAGGCUAAGAAGAGGGAGAGAGAGGAGAAGAGAAAAGAAGAUGAAGCCAAAUUCAAGGAGAAUCAGAUGCAGAGGAAAAAGGAAGCAUAUGAGCUGAAGAAGAAACAAGCUGAGGAUGCCAAGAACAGGAAAGCAGCCCUCUUCAACAAGUUUGGUGGAGCUGGAGGCGGUGGAGGCGCGAAACCAGCGGGUGGUGGAGGAACAACCAUGAAGGUACAGAACGCUACCACCAUCAAACAGAAGCUAUUAGAAUGGGCACAGAGAUGCACAAGAGGAUAUGCGGGAGUGAACGUAACCAAUUUCUCCUCAUCAUGGUGCGAUGGAAUGGCAUUCUGUGCACUCAUUCAUCAUUACUAUCCAGACUCGUUUGAUUUCAACACUCUAGACCCCAAAAAGAGGAGAAAAAACUUUGACUUGGCCUUCAACACAGCAGAGGAGCAAGCGGACAUCAUGCCUCUUCUAGACACAGAUGAUAUGAUCAUGAUGAAGAAUGCUCCUGAUUGGAAGUGUGUCUUCACGUAUGUACAAUCGCUAUACCGUCAUCUCAACAAACCCACCGCCUAAACACACCUUCUUUUCUACUUCAUUUUACUGUUGCCUGAUGGCUCUUCUGGAGAUAGAUGGCAUAUUCUAAUGUGAAGAAAACAACACUGUAUAAAGAAACAUUGUAUAACAAAACACAAAUAUAAUAACUACAUUUUGAAAUAGGCUCAUGAAGCAUGUACACCAGUAUAGAAACUUGAUUUGGGAAGGGAAAGCAGAGAUGUGUGUUUCAGUUCCAAUGGUCCUUUCACUUCACUUUCAGUACCAACUCCCACUAAGCCUCACCCAGUCACAAAGGUUUGGGCUAAUAUAAUGUUGAAUGGUUUAUCAAAUGCCUUGUAUGAAAUGAAGCCUAAUAUGUGUUUUGUUAUACAGUGUUUCACUAUAACUUGUUCACUCAAAAUAUAAUUUAAAACAUAAUUAUUCAUUGUUUGCUAUGGAGUUACAUAAAUCUCUUUUAGUUUUCCCAUGUUAAGAAGGGAAACAGAAAUAGUAUGUUCUAUCCCAUGAUGUGUAACAGGCUUUCCAAGUCAACACAGCACAAUACAUGGACAUCCCUGCUGCAAUGGAGAGAAGGGUAACAAACCCAUUAUCUGACUAGGGACAGAGGCUAACAAAUGUGUGUGCUAAACAGCAUCAUCAACAAGUUAAGAUAACAAUCGUUUUUUAAUAUGACUUCCUUAAAACACCAUUUAAACUAUUUAUUAAUGUAUUUUGUCUUCAUUUAUUCAAGAACUAUUUUUUCAAGAAUCCUGUCGGCUUAUAUUUAGUGUUGAGGAAAGAUCUGAAUUCACUGUAGCUAUGUAUAUGUAAGCUAUACAAAGAGGAAAAAACCUUGUUUAUAUGACUAUUUAAGUAGAGGUAUUUAUCUUUGUAAAUUAUGGGUUAUUAAAAUAUAAACUGUAUUUUUUAAAGGAAUUCAACUAUUCAGAUUUGUCUUACAUGCUUUGUCAUCAAAUGUCCCUGGGUCUGUCAUACCACUUUUAGUGCACAUGCAUCAUAAAGGACAAUGCCUUCAUUUUAUCUGAAUAAAUUGGAAACAGUUAUUACUGAAAGAUGGGUUUGUAAACUUAUUGUGAACUAAUUAAUUGUAAUGCUCUGAUUGAGUCUUACAUGGCAUGGUAUCAGUACUACAAUUAUAAUAAUAAAGAGAAAGUAUGUAAUCUAAUGAAUAAUGAAUGAUGAAGAGCAUCAAGAAACAGUAACAAAAAAUUGUAUUUGUCUGGAUUGUUGAAUGCACUUUCACAUAAAAUAGAUAUUUAAUAAAUGCAUGAGUAGAUAUUAGCUCAUGCAGAGAGAGUAAGAUAUUUAUCACACUAUAUGAAAAAGCAUAUUUUGCUGCUUUUUCUUUCAAAAAGAAAUACAGGAAAAAUUGUGAUGCAUGACUGUAAAUAAUUGUGUGAAGAUUGAAAAAAAUUGUAAUUUAUAUUUGAAUGAUGUAUUUGAUAGAGUUAGAUUGUUAUAAUCUAUUUUGAGUGAUACGUUAUAAAUGAGAUGACAUUGAAAGAUGAUAUCUUUUGUAAUUUUGCUAUGUAUUAUAAUGCAUGCAGAAUUGUUUAAAAUAUAAUAUAAACUGUAUAAAUAAUUGAAUAUUUCUGAGAUACUAAAUAACUGAAUUUUCUUCCUGUACCAAAAAAAAAUUAUUGUUAGUUUCUUUAAAGGUGAAUUCUUUUUUCCUUAAACUGUGAUUGGAUAAUUUCUUUUUCAGAACGCUAGAUUUUUCAUAUAUAUUUAAUUUUUUACUACCGUAUUGCAUAUCUCACAAGUAAAUAUUUAACUCUAGCAAGAGAAAAUAACCUGAAAAGACAUUAUUUAUGACAAUGUUUGACCUACAACAUGCUACAGUUUACAAGAUGAGAGCAUCACUCAUGGCUUCAGUUCACUUUUUAAGUUGUUCUCAAAUUCUUCAUCGAUUUCAGAUUAGCACUUGAUAUUGUGGUGAUGUUGAUAUCUCACUGUUUAUUAUCAAACCUAAACACAACUCAACUACCUUAAUCUUCCACUCUCAAAACUCUUAAGAUAUAUUUCAUAUUUAGAAAUAAGGCUAAUGUUAAUAUAGUGCAAUCAUAGCAGCUCUUUUCCUCCUUUUCAGCUGUUUACUUUUGUAACAAAUUUGAUAAAUUUCAUUCAUGAUAUCAUGAGGAAAGCGUGUUAAUUAGCAAUAAGUACAAUCCACCAGUAGUCGAGAUAAUCAGUCUGUUUAUCAUGUGUGUUUUUAUACAAGAUUGAGUGAAGGUAGCGUACUAUUCAGACAUGUAUGUAUCUAUGAUAUCUCAGAGGGAUAGGAUGAGAUGAGCUUUUUUUGUAUGUUUUGUUUUUAAUUGAGUGUGUAACGUAAGGUGCUUGCAUUCUAUUGAAUGUACUUUUAUAGCAAAAAAAGAUAUGAAAUCAUGAUGUAUCUGCUUCAUGAUGCUCACAUCUUUUGAUUGGCAUUAUUGUUGUUUUUGUUGAAGAAGUUUUGUAGUGCAAUAAUAUGUUUUGUCUAUAUAUCUUAUGUAUCAUUUUAACUUGCCGUGUAGAAACCUAUUUACUUUUUCCAAAGAAAACAUCCAGGUUUUUAAUUGGACUAUCUGUAGGAUUUUCAGUUGACAUUGACAUAUCCCUAUACUGCCAGAAUAAUAGAACAUGUGUAGUCUUUGGAUGUCUGUUUUUCAUGUUUCACAAAUAGAAUUGAUUUAUUGUAUAUAUCUUAUUCAUGAUAUAUUCUGUCUGGGGCCUGAAGGUGAUUAAGUCAUAGACUUUAACAGACUUAAUGCCAUUCUGACUCCAAACAGAUAUAUUAUUAGAGAUAUCAUAUGUCAUUUUAGUUAUGUUAUAUUUAUAUCUAAUUUUCCAUAUGUAUAGAUUUAUUAAUAGAUUUAUGAACACUGCCACCACUGUUUUUAGUGAGGCAUGUUAUGUUCUUGGUAGGGAUAAAAUAGUUUUAUCAUAGGGUGAUAUCUUCCCAUUACAUUUUUAGAAUGGUUAUUUAUUAUGCAAAAUAUAAACUAUAAAGAAGCUUGCCCAAUUUUUACUUCCCUUCCAUUAUAUUACAUCUCAUGUGUAGUUUAUUAUUAAUAUUAUUAUUAUUGUUAUUAUUAUUAGUCUAGAUUAUAAUUCUCAUGUUAUAUUAUAUAAUAGAUGUGAAAAAGAAAAACAAAUUAGCAUUUUGUUGGAUUAUAUUAGUAAAUGAAAUGACCCUUUAAUAAGACUCCGUACUGCCUUUAUAAUUAUUACACAAAUUUAUGUGUCUUCUGAUCUUUUUCCAUGUUAAUUCUAGCUCAUACUCAAACUGGAAAAAUUGGCAGACAUCUGUGUGCUCAUGCCAAACUCACUCUGAAUAUAUGAUUAUUUAUUCUUUUAUUGGUCACGUUACAGCUCUAUGUGUGUGAGUUUUUCUGUCAUCUUUUCAAACAUUUUCGUAUAUGUCACAGAUUUUAUGGAGUAGAUGCACAACAAUAUAAUGCCACUUUUCUCAAUAAAAGAUAGAUUUGUUUUUAUUGUUUAUAUAAAUCAAUUAAUAGCAGAGAAUUGGUUUAACUGAAGUUUUUGGACAAUGCAAUGAAUGCAUGUAAAGACGGUGAAUUUAGAUUGAAGCUCAUCAGUACAUUGGACAUGUAGGCCAUGUCUUGGGUGUAUAGAAGUGUAUAAUUAUGAUCAAGUAAUUUUCGCCUGAAUGAAGAUUCAAACAAAAAAGAAUUAAAAGAUUCAUUGUAAUAUUGCCCAAUUUUA